CGACCAUGGUACUAUUGGAUCGCUCCAAUUUCAUGGGUACCAAAGUAGCUGCCCACAGGCGGAAGAGAUCAUAUUUUCAGGGGUACAACAAGCAGUGGCGAAUGACCCGAGAAUGGCUGCUUCCCUCCUCCGACUUCACUUCCAUGACUGUUUUGUUAAUGGCUGCGAUGCUUCGGUGCUUCUGGAUGAUACAGCAACUUUUAUAGGAGAGAAGACGGCUGGGCCCAACUUGAAUUCCCUGAGGGGCUUCGACGUGGUCGAUGGGAUCAAGUCUGAGCUUGAGCUAGCAUGUCCUCAGACAGUAUCUUGUGCUGAUAUCCUCGCCAUUGCAGCUCGAGACUCUGUCGUGCUGUCAGGUGGGCCCACGUGGGAGGUGGAGGUGGGAAGGAAGGACGGUUUGACCGCCAGCCGUUCGGCCGCCAACGCCAGCAUCCCGGCCCCGACCUCCGACGUCGCCACCCUCGUCCAAAAGUUCCAAAACCUCGGCCUCUCUCCCAAAGACAUGGCCGCACUCUCCGGUGCGCACACCAUCGGCAAGGCCCGCUGCUCGUCCUUCAGCUCCCGCCUCGGCGGAGGCGGCGGCAGCUCCGGCAAUGUCGACCGAGAAUUCCUCCAAUCGCUGCAGCAAUUGUGCUCGGACUCCAAUGGGACGUUGGCCCACCUCGACUUGGCCACGCCCGCCACCUUCGACAACCAGUACUACAUCAACUUGCUCUCGGGCGAAGGGCUCCUGCCGUCGGACCAGGUGCUGGUGAACGGAGCUGGUGAGGUCGUCAGCCUCGUCCAGGCCUAUGCUAUGGACCUCCUGCUCUUCUUCGAGGACUUCAAAGCGUCCAUGGUCAGGAUGGGGAGGUUGGCGCCGCCGGCAGGGAGCGGCGGCGAGGUCCGGAUGAGUUGCAGGGCGAUUAACUGAGUUUACCGUGAGGAUGCGAACUAUGGUAUCUGGACCUGAGUCUGUCUGAGUGUUGUUUGGCUGUUUGUGUUUGGCGUCUUCAGCUUUCGAGAGUGCGUUUGGUAUGUACUUUGGCAGUAGCCAGUUGAUCUUGGCGAGAAUAACAUGCUGUCUU